GCCAUGAGGUCCAAGCACGUGAACUUGCUGAUCGCCCUGGUGGCCUUCAUGCUCUUCGCCUUCUCCUGCUUCUGCAUCUCCAGGAUGACUCAGACCAACAACCAAUUAAUUAACUGCAGAAACCACAUCUCGGAGUUUAAGGAGACUAUACUACGUUUAAAAAACAAAAGUGAAGCUAAUCUCAAAGAUCUAAUGAAAGCAUUGAGUUACAUGAAGUAUGAAAUUACACUGAGAGGAGAUUCAUCAGAAAACUUAGUUGCAAAGAAAGUGGAUACACUGAGUGAGAAUGAAGCCAUACCUGACAGAUUUGAAGACAUAAAGUUCUUCCUUCCACAUCUAAGGAAAGUUGAAAGAAUUUAUCCUCACGUAAUCAUUGGCAAACAGAGAACAGGAGUUUCCUUUGCGCUGGGGAUCCCCACCACAAACAGAGGAAACCACACUUACCUGAAGCAAACUCUGACCUCCCUUCUCUCCAGGAUGACACCUGCAGAAGAGGAGGACUCGGUGGUGAUUGUUGCUAUCGCAGAGAGUAAUGAAGAGUAUUUAAAUUCUGUUGUUGACAUGAUUAAGAAAAAAUUCAAAAGGCAACUGAAAUUUGGGUCAUUGGAGAUCAUAUCAAUACCCUCUUCUUUUUAUCCAGACAUUUUACUUGCCAACCAAACGAUCGGGAACUCAGAAAAAAUCAAAAGGUGGCAAAUGAAACAAGUAUUGGAUUUUUGUAUUUUGAUGCUGUAUGCCCAACCCAAGGCCAUAUAUUAUUUACAGCUGGAAGAUGAUAUCAUAGCUAAAAAGAUGUACUUUACAGAAAUGGCAUAUUUUGUAAAUAAUAUUGCUCCAGAGAACUGGUUUUUUGUUGAGUUUUCAGAGCUUGGAUUCAUAGGAAAACUAUUUAGAUCUGAAGACAUACCUGACUUUGUACGCUUUUUUUUGAUGUUCUACAAAGAUAAACCCAUAGAUUUGCUCCUGGAAGACAUUUUUCUGGUAAAAAUGUGUGGAAAAGGAGAAAAUCUUAGAAACUGUGUGCAACGAAAUCAUGAAACACGAGUCCAGUAUAAACCAUCUCUUUUCCAGCACGUGGGUAUACACUCAUCGUUGUUUGGAAAAGAACAACAUCUUAAAAAAGAGAAGCGCUUCUGGAAUCACAAUGAGGUGGCAGGACAGCAGAAAAGCACAGAGAAACAGAGAAAAGAAGCAAAGAGUUCCAACUCCAACCCCAGUAACCCUGGGAGAGGGGGAAGAGGGGAAGCUGAAGACAUGGUACAAGGUGCAAGCGCGCUGUUCGCCGAGGAGGCGCUGGGCGACAGGAGGGACAGGCUGGGACACCGCAGGGACAACUCCUGGGUGAGCCGGGGGGCGCCGGGCGCGCGCAGCGGGGACGCGCGUCACGGCGGGCAGCGCCGUCCGCGGCCGUUGAGCCCCGGGGUGCCGAGCGGUGCGCGCCGCGCGCCCGGGCCGCGCCCCCUCCCCUCCCGCGCCGCACGCGCACGCGCAGUUAGCAGUCGCUGCUGGGCGGCCGCCGGCGGGAUUGGUCUGGGGAGACGGCGGGGACCAAGUGGCAGCGAGUCGUACACCUGA